AUGGGUGCUGCGAAGGCAUUGCGUCUUCGCUGGACUGUCCCUCCAGCUGUCCUGAUAGCUUUGGGCAGUGGGGCACUAUACACCACUAGUGGUCAGACCCGUUACUACAAACGCCCAAUACUACAGACCGAUCAAACAGCUCAAUUUUCCACUUCGACGACCUAUCAGGUCGACGACCGGUCCGCAAAGUCGUCAUCUGCUAGCCCACAAAAAAGCCCUUGGGACUGGAGCUCUGAACACAGCUCUGAUCACGGCGACCCGAACUCAAUAUGGACUAACAUCCUACAUAAGUUCGACGGGGUAAAGCAGACGGUGGGUUCAACCGACUGGAUCGAAAUCGACAGCCUUAAGAACUAUAUCAUUCCGGACUGGACCCGACUGCUUCCAGCGACAGUGCAAAAGCUCCAGCGUGAGCUCUCAAUGGCCCCCGGUUCCCUUGCAGAUGAUAUCUGGAAGGAGGCUCACGACCCGGAUAUCAAUCCGGAAAUAUUACGGGAUGCAAGAGUCCGUGUGGGAGGCGAUCUAUGCCGUGAGGAGCUGGAGUUCAGGCGGAAGAGGAGGGAGCAUGGGGUGAAAGCACUUGCAUCGUACUUGGGAAUCCCUGAAGAGGAUAUCCACCCAGACGACGUCCCUAUCAUUGCUAUGUGCGGUUCAGGAGGUGGGCUGCGAGCGCUUGUCGCUGGGACUGGGUCAUACCUGGCUACGCAAGAAGCUGGCUUGUGGGACUGUGUGACGUAUACUGCUGGCGUCAGUGGCAGUUGCUGGCUACAGACACUGUAUCAUUCAUCCAUUACGGGGCGCAAUUUCCAGAAACUGGUGGACCAUCUAAAGCAUAGGCUUGGCGUACAUAUAGCUUUCCCGCCGAUGGCUCUCAAUGCAUUGACAACUGCCCCUACGAAUAAAUAUCUUCUUAGUGGGUUAGUUGAGAAGUUAAAAGGCGACCCUGGGGCAGAUUUCGGACUGGUAGAUAUAUAUGGGAUGUUGUUAGCCGCGAGAUUGCUGGUACCCAAAGGAGAGCUUGGAGUCUCAGAUCGAGAUCUGAAAUUAUCCAACCAGAGAUACAACCUCACCGAUGGGGCUCACCCACUUCCUAUCUACACUGCCGUUCGACACGAGAUCCCAGUCCUUGAGAGCCUUGAAGAAGGCCAUACCAACAAACAGCCGACACCUGAGACAUUGAUGAAGGAGGCUCGGGAUGAAUCGUGGUUCCAGUGGUUCGAGUUCACGCCUUAUGAAUUUUUCUGCGAGGAGCUCGGGGCGGGCAUACCCACAUGGGCUUUGGGAAGGCAUUUCAAUGGAGGGGUCAAUUCAAUUCCCGAGGGACAGUAUCCGAUCCCUGAACUACGUGUUCCAGGCCUCAUGGGAGUUUGGGGGAGCGCUUUCUGUGCGACCUUAUCUCAUUACUACAAGGAGAUACGACCACUGGUCCGAGGCAUUACUGGGUUUUCAGGCAUAGACUCUUUAAUCCAAGGGAAAAAUAAAGACCUGGUCCGAGUUCAUCCAAUCGACCCUGCCACUAUACCGAACUUUGUGCUAGGUAUGAAGGAUGUCUUGCCACCUUCCUGUCCUGAGUCAAUCUUCCGAAGCUCGCAUCUGCGGCUAAUGGAUGCGGGAAUGAGCAACAACCUACCCAUAUAUCCACUAUUACGUCCCGGCAGAGAUGUAGAUAUCAUCCUUGCAUUCGAUGCUUCAGCUGACAUAAAACAAGAGAACUGGCUUUCAGUUGUCGACGGGUACGCACGACAACGAGGUGUCAAAGGCUGGCCAUUAGGCGCCGGUUGGCCAAAAGCGGAUACAAAGUUGAAGGAAGCAGAAGAAAAACUCCGAGAAGCACAAAACAUCUCCGAAGCGGAACUCAACUCAAAGAUCAGGGAAGCUCAAGACAACGACAGAAACCCUGCGAGCAAUGGACAAACCCCAUCCACGGACCCGGGACAGAACCCUAGCAACGGAGAGACCGAUCUAGAUUACUGCAAUGUCUGGGUCGGCACCACACAAGAGAGAGUCUCCGAUGAAGAACCACCGCCAUCAAAGCGUCUUUUCCAACCUAGGAAUAAAGAUCACAAAGAGUCCGAUUUCCACCUGAUGCGCCCUGAUGCAGGUAUUGCGGUCGUAUAUUUCCCUCUCAUCCCGAACCCAGAUGCCCCGGAGCUGCCUCCCAGCUCGUCGCUGAAAAGGUCCCCAGCCCCCGCGCAACAGAAGGAGACAAAGUCCUCGGUGAAUGUUACCGACCCAGCGAAACCGCUAACACCGCAUCCUGGCUCCAUUGAUCCGGACAUUGACGACUUUCUCUCCACCUGGAAUUUUGUGUACAGCCCUGAACAAAUCGACUCGGUCGUUGGACUUGCCAAAGCAAAUUUCGCUCAAGGCGAGGAACAAGUCAAGCGCGUCGUCCGGGCCGUUUAUGAGCGCAAGAAGUCUGACCGACUACGACGGGAGGAGGAAGAGGCCCGACGACGGAUGGAGGGGUUUGUGCCUCUUUGA